UUUCAAUGUCCGUUGUCGAUAAUGAGAUUAACAACAUUGAUUAACGACAUUUAUAAAAGAAGCCAAACGCGCUGUAGAAUGCAGUCUAGUGCGAACCAGUUUCAUGUAUCUAUCUGCAUUGCAACUUCUUAGUCGAUAUUAAUAGAUAAAAGUAUAACGUUCCCACUUCCGGUUUGGACGCGAAGCAUAUAUUCGUUCAUUAAUAAUACGUAUUUACAGUCAAUUCUUAGGCUUAUCUAUUUGUUUAAUAGUAUGGACUCAAACGAUAGAGAGAAAAUUAGAAGAUAUCUUGUUAACGAUGAGAUAUUCAAGAAGAUAAACAAACAAAUUAUAACUUUGGAAAUUAAGGAUGUAAAAGAUACAAACGAACGCUUAGGCAAGAUAAUUGAAAAGUUAAUAGAAAUGAUGAAAGAGCAAAACCCAUUAUUUAACAUGACAUAUAAAAGAAUUGCAUAUACUGGUAGUUUUUAUAAAAAGACGAAGAUUGGAUUUCCUGAUGAGUUUGAUUUAAAUUUAAUAAUCCAAUUACCCAUAAAAAAAGAUGAUAUGAUGCUUAGUACAGAUUUAUCAGGUUAUAUUAAAAUACGCACAAAAACUUACGAAAAUAAUAAUUUAAAAAUGGAUGCAAAAGCAUGCAGUGUUAUGAAGUCUUUUAUUGAUAAGAAUCAGUACCUGGACCAAGAGAAAUUUCGUAGAUGGAUUGAAGGUAUCUUGAAUAAAGUAGCUUCUACCACCAAUGAAAAUAAUGACAUCAAAAUUAAUAAUUAUAUUAUAAGAGUAAGAAAAUCGGGCCCAGCAUUUACGUUAUCAUUCCAUUCUGGAAAAUAUCUAAUUAAUAUCGAUUUGGUUCCUGUCUUAGCAUUUUCAAGUCGUGAUCUUCCACCACCAUACUCUAAACAUCGUGCGCUACAAAAUAGCGAUAAAGAUGUCUACCUAGUUCCUAAACCGUUAAGCAGUAAAAACAUCCCCUCCCAUGCAAAAUCAAAACCAAAUCGUUAUUGGCGAUUAAGUUUUUAUGACUUUGAAAAAGAUAUGCUCCAGACGGAGAAAUAUAGACAAGUUAAACCCAUAAUACGCCAGUUAAAGAAAUUCAGAGAAACUCAGAAUUGGAAAAGUAUUGCCAGCUAUUACAUUGAAACAUUAUGUUUCCACCAUUUAGAAAGAUUUGAAACCAGAGAAUCGCAUACUUCUUUGUUGUUCACGAUGUUAGAAAACCUUCAUAAAGCUUUCGAGAUCGGUUGUAUAAAACAUUAUUGGGUCAAAAAUAUAAAUUUACUGGAAAAUAUAGAAAAAGAUGAAAUGAUGAAUAUGAAACGUAGAUUGUACAAUAUCAUAAAAGACAUCAGGAAGCAGAUAAUAGAGCAACCGAACGAUUUAUAUAUAAUAGCUAGAUACACUUUAAAUUCGGCUGAAUUGGAUAAAAUAGCGCGCCCGUAUCCAACAUAUGAAUCAAAAUCAGAAUCAGAUCUAGAACAAGAACUAAAAUCACAGCUAGAAACUGUGGGUGAAUGGAGUUGCAUUAUUAUCUGACCACGUAAGAAAGUAAUCAGCGAUCUGAGUUACGCAACGGAGCAUCGCAAGACAAUCGGCUUCAGCAGAAUGUGCAUCUUCAAAACUUGAGUUGAACAUAUGUUCAUAAAUACUGGCAAGUUUGAAAUUGAGGGGAUUCCU